AUGUCACGUCCUCAAAAUGCCGAUCCUCCCUCCUCCGUCGACCGACUGGCCGUCAAGCUACCACCUUUCGUACCCUCUGACCCCGAAGCUUUGAGGCCUCCGAAAUUACCUCGGAAUCCACAAAAUUCGACCGAAGUGCUUGACAUCAUCAUCAACCCCCCGGCGACUGAGCCACAUGUCACAAUCAAGGUAGCACUCGUUCGUCAGCUUGGCAUCUCACAAGAAGCUCGCACCAAACAGUUGCUUGGACAUGAAGAAAUUGGUGACAGAAAACUAUCACAAUUCCUGCGUCACCUCCGAAGCUUGGUUGGAAAAAUCUGGUCGGGUCGCCUUCCUCAAAGUCUUCAUACAGUCAUCGCGACCAUGAAAGACAAACAGUUGGAUGGGGUGGCCGAAAUCGCCGAUUACAUCAUGAAAGCAAGCCAAAAACAAUCCGUAAUAUCAGCUUCGAUCACGCCUACUCUCCAGUACGAUAUCAUCCAACAGUUGACUAACAAGUUCAACAGCAACGACAGGACCAGUGGCCUUUGCUAUUACCAUCGCAAAUUCCAGGACAAGGCACGAAAAUGCAUCCCUCCGUGUAGGAAAUCAUCGGGAAACCAACCGGGAGCUCAUUAA